ACACACACACACACAGCUUCUUUCUGUCUGGGAGUCCCUGGACAAGUCACAUGGGAUUUUGCACUGGGAGGAACAGGGUAAGGCGUGAACGUGGAGGACAGUUUCCCUUUCAGGUCUCAGCUGUCUUGACUUUCCUGUAAGCGGCCACCCUGGAACUCUCCUGUCUCCUGGAGACCUGAUGCCUGCAGCUGAGCUGACCGCAGGAGCCGGUGCUAGGGACUGAGGCUUUGGCCCUCGUCAUCCUGCCCACCCAGCGGGGCUUCCCAAUCCGCCACACGUCCAUGGACGGGAAGGUGGCAGUGCAGGAGCAUGGGCCUCCUGCGGUCUCCUGGGUCCCCGAGGAGGGAGAGAAGUUGGACCAGGAAGAGGAGGACCAGGUGAAGGAUCGGGGCCAAUGGAACAACAAGAUGGAGUUUGUGCUGUCAGUGGCCGGGGAGAUCAUUGGGCUGGGCAAUGUCUGGAGGUUUCCUUACCUCUGCUACAAAAAUGGAGGUGGAGCCUUCUUCAUCCCGUACUUCAUCUUCUUCUUUGUCUGUGGCAUCCCGGUGUUCUUUCUGGAGGUGGCGCUGGGCCAGUACACCAGCCAAGGGAGUGUCACAGCCUGGAGGAAGAUCUGCCCCCUCUUCCAGGGCAUUGGUCUGGCGUCUGUGGUCAUUGAGUCAUAUUUGAAUAUCUACUACAUCAUCAUCCUUGCCUGGGCUCUCUUCUACCUAUUCAGCUCCUUCACCUCUCAGCUGCCCUGGACGACCUGUAGCAACGUUUGGAACACAGAGCAUUGCGUGGACUUUCUGAACCACUCGGGAGCCGGCACAGUGACCCCAUCUGAGAAUGUUACCUCCCCUGUCAUGGAAUUCUGGGAGAGACGAGUUCUGAGCAUCACCUCGGGCAUCCAUGACCUGGGGGCCCUGCGCUGGGAGCUGGCCCUGUGCCUCCUGCUCGCCUGGGUCAUCUGCUAUUUCUGCAUCUGGAAGGGCGUCAAGUCCACAGGCAAGGUGGUUUAUUUCACAGCCACGUUUCCCUACCUGAUGCUUGUCAUUCUGCUGAUCCGCGGUGUUACCCUUCCCGGGGCCUCCCAGGGCAUCAUCUAUUACUUGAAGCCAGAUUUGUUCCGCCUCAAGGACCCUCAGGUGUGGAUGGAUGCGGGCACCCAGAUCUUCUUCUCCUUCGCCAUCUGCCAGGGGUGCCUGACAGCCCUGGGCAGCUACAACAAGUACCACAACAACUGCUACAAGGACAGCGUCGCCCUCUGCUUCCUGAACAGUGCCACCAGCUUUGUGGCUGGGUUUGUUGUCUUCUCCAUCCUGGGCUUCAUGUCGCAAGAGCAGGGGGUGCCCAUCUCUGAAGUGGCCGAGUCAGGGCUCAUUCCUGUCAUGCUUCUUGGGGAGCACAACCAGAGGAGAAGGGGUCAACUAAGCCACAGUAAAUGA